AUGAAUGUAACUCACCAGAAGAAUAUCUUGCAUUUAAGCACGGGAGAAAGGCGGUGCACAGGAACAAGCAUUUUUCAUGUGAAUCUGCAGAAGGAGGAAAGACUGGAAAUAUUACAGAUUCAGUUAAAAAUACUGAAGGUAGAAAUAUUCAGCGAAAAUAUGUGGAAGAUUGUGGAAAUGGGUGACGGAGUGAAGGUUCCUUCAACAACAGAGAAAAUACGAGUAUUAUUUGAGACAGAGAAAAACAAUCCAAGUAUAACAUUCUACAGCACACCUAACAGAAAAUGUGUUGAAUUCGCUGGCGAACCUAUUAAUGGGCAUGCGCAGGGGAUGUUUCCGAUUCUUUCGAAUAAUGAGUUUAGUAUGGAGAUGGUCUAUAUUGUGUCAUUUGAAAGGGGAUUUCAGGUGGUGUCAAGUGGUACUCUAAGUGGGAUAUAUGAUGGAGGGACAACAAAGACGUUUCAUUACAAAAUAGACAGCGGCCGGCCCAGGGAUAUUUUAUUUGCAGGGGGGAUGUAUGAAGAGAUGCAGUCUGGGAGAGUGACUAUUUAUAUACCAGAGGCACUUUCAGAUCGAUUUGCCGCGGGUGGGAAGGAGUCAUUAGAAGUACUGAAGUCAUCGAUCUCUGCAGCGCAGCAGGCUCUUGAUUACAAACUGCCAUUCUAUAAGCUGUAUGUUGUAUUUAGUAUGUGCAGUGUAGCAGGGUCAAUUGGUCGGAACUGUGCUAUUUUUAAUAUCUCUCAGAUAAUAGUACCAGAGGCAAUAGACCAGUGCUUCUCAAGUAUUAAGCUGCUUACUAAGAUUGUGGCAGAGCAGUAUUUUGGUGUGCAUGCGUAUGCGAUUUCUGAGCAGGACUACUGGAUGUAUACGGGUCUUUCUGAGUAUGUGUCAAUGUAUCUUAUAGAAAUGUUUUUGGGUGUUAAUGAGGCAAAGUAUGAAUUAAACAGAAAUAUAGAUUAUAUUCACAAGAACGAUAUAGAAGAGCCUCCGCUGUCAUCGGUGGACAGGGCCAGAAAUACGUUUAAGUCGCCAUUUUUCAUCAAAAAAUCUGGGGCAUUCAUUAAAAUCCUGGAGAAUAAUCUGACAAGAGCGUUCAUGCAGAAGAUUAUGAAGGAGGUUUUAGAGGCAAGGACAAUUGGGACACAGGACCUGAUUCGUGUUGUAAAGGGGAUUACUGGAAAGGAUGUGAGAAUGCUUUUUGAGGCGUAUGUGUACAGGACGGGUAUACCAACUGUUAUAGCGCAGGUAGAGCAGAAUAGCAGGGCGGGUGGAUUCUCAAUUAUUCUCAAGCAGAAAAUUCACUCAGUGCAUCCAGAAGCAAACAGACACAUUACAGGGAAUAUAUGCGUGCGAGUGUACGAAACAGACUCGGUCCUUGACCAUGUUCUUUUUAUAGGGAGCACUCCAAUCACGCACGAGUUGGCAUGUAAUCAAAGAAGUCAAAGAAGAAAGCAGAAGGGAGAAGAGUCAGCGUCUCUGCUUUGGAUACGCAUAGACCCGGGCCUGGAGUGGAUGAAGGUGUCUGUUGUAGAGCAGGCAGAUUAUAUGUUUGCAGAGCAGCUGGUCAGUGAGAAAGACGUGUAUGGGCAGAUGGAAGCGCUGGCGGGUGUGCAGAAGAAUCCAAGUGAAACAAUCUGCGGGAUUUUAGAGAGAGUGAUGGGGGAUGCCCAGAUGUUCUACAAGGUAAGCGUGGCAGCAGGUAUACUUCUGGCGAAAAGCGUGAAUGAAGAGUCAGGGUAUUUUGGGUUUCAGCGGGUUGUUCAGUACUUUAUUAACAGCCAUUGUAUCCAGAACACAACAAUUGUAAAAACAAAUGACUUUUCGCAGUAUAGAACAUACUUUAUGCAGAAAAACAUUGCGUCGUCUAUGUCGCUGUGCCAGCUGGAUUCAACAAAAUCAUUAAGUGGCCGGAUUAUUCGGGCAAAGAAUGUAGUUUCUGCGUUUCUGUUGAAUCUUAUGCGGUACAAUGAUAAUACUGGAAACCAGUUUGAGGACUCAUUCUAUAUUGCAGACAUCAUUACGUCUCUGUCAAUUGCGCUGUGCUCUGAUGCAUAUUUAGAUACAGGGCCAUUUGUAAUGGAAAUCGAGAGGCUCAGAAAAAAGGACCUUUUAUUCCCCAGCCACCAGAACAUUGUCACAUGUGCUACAAUUAAAGCAUUUACUCGGCUGAGCAUACAAGGCUGCAUUACAGUCUCGUUCAAAGGAAUUUUGCGAUACACACUGCCAGAGAACUUCUAUAAGGUAAGGAUGGCAGCGUAUGAGUCAUUGAUUCUUCUGCACCCAGACCAGCUUAAGCUUAUUAUAGAAAUGGCAGAGAGUGAAGAGAGGCUUGUCCGAAUAAAGAUUCUUAAAACAAUAAAAGAUGCUGCGAUGUGUGCAGCUCUUCCCAUUUUUGAGAAAAUCCGAGCGCAUGUCACGCAGAUACAGGAGAUAGGAAGAAUGUUUGCAGGUGACGAGGAGAUAGAUUGCUUAGUGGAAGAAAUAGAGGGGCUGCUUAUGGAGCCAACUGAACUUGUGGCAGACGUUGUAGAAGAGGCCAUACUGCACGACAUGAGCAGUGAUGAUGAGGUAAAAACCCUGCCCAAGCUUAUUAUAAAACUAUUCAAGCCACUGACCAUAAAAAUACCAUUGAAAGAUGUCCCAGAAGAAGUAAGAAAAGAAGUAGAUGCCCCUGUGCCUAUAGUAGAGGAGGCAGUGCAGCCGCCGCCUGAAAUAGAUGUAGAUGCACUUUAUGAGAAUGACACGCACAGGGCCAUCUACUGCUUGGAUAAACCUCAAAAGAUUGCUGCAUGCCACCUUUUAGACCACAUAAAGAAAAGCAAGGCAAGCAUGCAUAUUUCCCAGCUUUCAAAGAAAACCGACCCACAACAGAAAAAGAGAAUUCCUACGUUUGAUGACAUAACCAUUGAAAUAAACCAUAAAAAAUCUACAGCAGAUGAACCACACGCUUUAACAGAGGAAGCCAAUAGUGCUCCUAGAGAGGAUGCUUCUUCUGUGCCGGCACCAGAGAGCUCUAUUGAAAAUAUUUCUGAUGGUAGUGUAGUUGAAAUAAAAAUAUCAAAUGAGGAGGCAAAUACACACUUAAAGAAUGAAGUGCGCUGUCUCUUUAACCAAUCAGAUGACUAUCGAAUGAGCAAUAUAUAUGCAAUGGCUGCACACAUAUUUAGAGAGUACUUCAAGUCGGCGCAGUACGAUACAUCUUCGUACUGUACAAUAAAGUACUUCCAAGCAUACUUUGAAAGAGAGUAUGCAGCAUUCUUUCACAUGACACAGCACGAGUUUGGUUUAAUUGACAGCGAGUGCAAGGACCGAAAAGGAAGGGAUAUUCUGGUUGAGAUGGUUGAAAAGGUAAUAGAAGCGGACAGACACAAAAUAUUCUCUUCUCCCAUUGAUAUAGAUCUCUUGCGAGAGUACAAGUAUCUAGAAAUAGUUAGGCGGCCUCUGGACCUACAGAUGAUAAAGAAGCGGCUAGAAGAGAAUGAGUACUUUAUGGUUGAGUGCGUGAUGUUUGAUAUUAUUCAGGUCUUUGUAAACUGUCUAACAUACAAUCUGGUUGAUUCAGAUAUAUACAAAGAAGCACUUUUUGUGCGAAAAGAAGCAACAAAGAUUAUACAGGACUAUAGCGCAGAGUUUCCGCAUAAGUGCAUGCUGAAGGAUGCACUAUUUGCAGUAAUUGCAGAAAUCAUGCAAGCAGAGGAGUUUGCUGUGUUCUUUGAGAAAGUGGACAAGGAGCAGUAUCCACAAUAUUAUUCUAUAGUCAAAGAGCCAAUGACCCUCUCUCUUAUAAAAACCAGAGCACAGAGCAAUUACUACAGAAAUAUUAUGCAUUUUGAAAGUGACUUCCAAAGAAUCAGCACAGCCACUCUACUGUAUAAUGGGCCUGCCUCUGAGAUAACCAAGCUGGGAAAAGCACUUAUCAACAAAGUGCAGAAUCUAGUGCAAAAAGUGUUCCCAUGGUAUAGAAGUAUGUUCAACAAAAGAACUACAAUACAGCAAAAAACAAAGGCACCAGCUGGGACCAGCAAAAAGAUAAAGAGCCAAAAGUAA